AUGGCUGAAUUACACAAGAAACGACGCCUCUCGGGCGACGAAAGCCCCGAAGUCAAAGAGGAGGCCACUACACCCGCCGCCGAGGCUCAGGCAACAUCCCAGAACAAGAGAACUCUUUUCGUCCGCUCACUACCCACCUCGGCCACGACAGAGAGCCUGGCAGAAUAUUUCUCGCAGUCCUACAUUAUCAAGCACGCUGUUGUCGUCUGCGACAAAGAGACGAAGGUAUCCAAGGGAUUCGGUUUCGUUACAUUCGCGGACGUCGAGGAUGCAGAGGCUGCUCUGAAGGAACUCAAUGGGUCUAAAUUUGAUGGGAAAAUCAUUCGCGUCGACUAUGCCGAGUCUCGUAAGCGUGAGAUUGAUGAGAAGAUUGGACGCAGUGUCCCCACUGCUGCGUCCCGUGAGUCUAAGAAGCAGAAGGAAGAGGCCAGAGGGCAGGGUCUGCCACCCAAGCUGAUUGUUCGCAAUCUGCCGUGGAGUAUCAAGGAAGCCGAGGAUCUGAAUGUCUUGUUCCGCAGCUUUGGAAAGGUUAAGUUUGUUACUCUCCCCAAGAGGAACGGCAAACUUUCUGGUUUUGGUUUCGUUACUAUGCGUGGCAGGAAGAACGCUGAGCGGGCGCUCCAGAUGAUCAACGGAAAAGAGAUCGAUGGACGUCAACUCGCUGUCGAUUGGGCUGUCGAGAAGGACGUUUGGGAAACUACCAAGAAGGAAGAGGAGGAGGAAGAGGAAGAGGAGGAGGAGGAGGAGGAGGAGGAGGAGGAGGAGAAGGAGGAGCAGACGGAAGAGAAGGAGUCUGGUGAUGUUGAGAUGGAAGAUGGCGAGGGUGUUCUCGAAGAGCCCUCAGAAGACGAAACCUCCUCAGACGAAGACGAGGAAGACGAUGAGGACAAGGAUCUGGAUGAGCUGGACGACUUGGACGAAGACGAGGAAGAGGAGGAGGAUGACCGAAAUGCCACUACAAUCUUCAUUCGCAACCUCCCCUUCACCGCUACAGACCAGUCCCUCUACGACCACUUCAAAACCCACUUCGGACCGCUACGGUACGCACGUGUGGUCUUAGACUACGAGACCGAGCGCCCUCGAGGCACUGGAUUCGCCUGUUUCUGGAAGCCCGAGGACGCCAACACAUGCAUUCGUGAAGCCCCCCGAGGAGCCGAAUCCAUGAACCCGAACAAGGAUAAGCCUAAGUCGAACACCGCCAUGAAGCACUCCGUCCUCAAUGAUGAAAACUCCGACCCAAGCGGUCGCUACACCCUAGAAGGCCGCGUCCUACAAGUCGCACGCGCCGUGAGCAAGGGCCAAGCCGCCAAGCUGGAAGAGGAGGGAGUAUCACGCCGUAUGGUCCGCGACACGGACAAGCGCCACCUUUUCCUCCUUAACGAGGGUACGAUCCCCUCCAACUCCCCGCUGUACAAGAAGCUCUCGCCCUCCGAAAUCAAGAUGCGUGAGGACAGCUACAAGCAGCGCGAGACCUUCAUCAAGAAGAACCCCGCUCUCCACCUCAGUCUCACCCGUCUCGCCAUCCGUAACCUCCCCCGUCACAUUGACUCCAAGGAAUUGAAGAAGCUUGCCCGAGAGUCCGUCGUCGAAUUCGCUAAGGACGUCAAGGCAGGCACACGCCAGCCUCUCUCAAAAGAGGAGCAGCAGCGAUCCCGCGAUACGAUGAAGGAGCUGGAGCAGCUGCGCAAACAGAAGAAGAUGGGUAUCGUGCGCCAGGCCAAGGUCGUCUUCGAGACUCGCGAGGGUACCAAGGUCUCCGAGAAGACCGGUGGUGGUCGCAGCCGUGGCUACGGAUUCAUUGAGUUCUUCACUCACCGUCACGCGCUGAUGAGUUUGCGCUGGCUCAACUGCCACUCCAUGGCAGUUCCUCCUUCUGCCCAAGCUCCCGAUGACCGGGACAAGAAGAAGAGCCUCGUUGUUGAAUUCGCCAUUGAGAAUGCCCAGGUCGUUAAGCGUCGCAAUGAGCUGCAGGCUAAAUCCCGCGAGCCUAAGCGUGAGGAUUAUGCUGAGCCAAAGGGAGAUAAGAAGAGGAAGCGCUCUGAUACUCGUGAUGGUAAAGGAAGAGAUGGAAGAGAUGGACGAGGUGGACGAGAUGGUCGCAGUGGUCAAGAUGGAAGGGACGCGAAGCGUGGCAAGACUGGAAAUGGAAAGGACGCUAAAGAUGAGAAGAAGACUGAAGAGGAGGAUAAGGCCGCUAAGCGCAACCGCAUUAUUGGACAAAAGCGCAUGAAGCGGAAGUCCCGCAAGGGUAACUAA